CAAAUAGAAUUCACGUUGAGCUAAUUACUUCGUCGGAUUCACUGUAAGAAAAUUAGGGAGGAUGUAUAGACAAAAUAGAAUUCUGCUUCGCCUAUUUUUGACUAUUUCAAUAAUCAUAAAUGGAUCGCAUCAAACCCGUGUUGUUAAUACUCCAAAUGUGAACAGAACAGUCUUGGGUUGGCCGGUUCCACUUUGCCCCGUGACAGCUUUGUGCGGAGAUGACGGUGUUCCAAUCUCCUGUGGGCAGACUUAUAAAGAACACGCUAGCUGCCACUGUGAUAAUCGGUGUGUUUUCUACAAUGAUUGUUGUCUUGAUUACGCGCUGUCUUGCACCUCUAAUGGAACCACUGAUUACCCCGAUCCUCCACCUAUCGUUGGCAUCAAUCAUGAUCAAGUAACUUGCGCCAGGAUACCAGGAUCACCAGCUAGGUACUACCGAGUGGUCAGUAAGUGUGCGGAUUCUUGGACUCGAGAUGACGUUAAGUUUGAAUGUGAAAGAGAAGCCGACGUUCAGAACCCCCAUCAGUUUAUACCAGUUGACUUUAAGGGUGAAAUAACCUUCAAGAAUGUGUAUUGCGCCAUUUGUAACGGCAAAGACAAAGAUGACCUCACCCCUUGGACCUUAGAAGCGACGUGCCAUGUCGACGAAACAUUAAGCUUCACUUCGAGAUCUACGUUUGAAGAGAAAGCGACAUUUGCCUUUGUAGUUACGACUUGUAUCUCUUGGCUUCUGAAGGCUCCGAUGUGGACUGGCAAUGAAAGAUCAUGCAUCGUCACUCCUACUUCUGACCAAUGCGGAAAUGUCACAAUGGCAUCACCAUCACCCUCUCAAGGAUCGCUUUUCGAUGCUUGUUCUCUAUACCAAGCUGAAAUCGUGGUAAACAGUGUGAAGCACAGAAAUCCGCACUGUUAUCAAUGUUCCACUGGAAUUCUUCAUGGGUAUAGUCAAGUUGAUUCGAUUCUUAGAAAUCUCGCAUGUCCAUAUUCACCUCGUAUUACUUUACCAAGACCAGACCAGAGAACCUCUUCAAUAUCUCUAUUGCUUGAUUUCAGUUUACCGGUAACCUGUAGAGAUGAUCAACGCUUUGACUCAGAAACUCUCACGUGUGUGAAUCUGACUUGUCCCGAUGGCUUCCUUCUUGAUGGCAAACUAUCUUGCGUCAGCGCAAAUGCCGAUGAUGUCUUUGAAGAAGAUUGUAGUGACGCAUCUUCUUCCCCUACUAACAUCAAUAUGGAAUGUAAAGACACGAUCAACCAGGAUGAGCAAUGCCUUUCGCCUUUCUUGCUUACAGAUGAACUGCAUUCUGCCUUACGAAGUAUCUUUAAUUUUAGUCAAGAAUUGAGAGUAGAUAUGAUACAGGUCAAUACAGCUCCAAGUAUCGGUGGUAAUGAAACAGACUGCAGUCGCAGAGUGAACAUCUCAGGGUAUCUUCAAGGCUACUACUUUUCGGAACUCGAUGCACUUUUCUCUUCGACCGAACCCUCUAAUAUUUCAUUAUCAUCAUUCGUUUGUCGGGUGUCAAGAUUUCAAGUGACCUACGGAUGUAUGAUCAAAAUUGACGACUGCCCGAAUCACAUUAUUGCUUCAAAUCCCAAAUAUCACGUUAAUAACCUGACAAUCAUUAGUGACGAUGAUGACUUUGAGUUCUCCCUUGACAAGUCAACAUAUUACUUUACGCGUAGUCUAAACACUUCAACGAAUUCUUACACCAAAGAAGAUUACAGCUUCGUCUGUAACUUAACACGUUAUACCCCAUGCCCACUUCUCACGCUCAACGCAUCGUUGUUUAAAGAAAUGCAGGAUGGAUCCUUGCUUUACCUAACUAGCAACAUUAGUUUCACACCAGGGGAAUUUACCAAAAUAGGGAAUCAUAGCGUGCAAGUUUGCAAUUUUCUUGAAGAGUACAUGCCAUUCAUAAACUAUUCUGCAGCUCAGGCUACUCUUAGCACCGUUGGUUCGUGCUUAUCAGUCGUGACCCUGUUGCUGACUAUAGCUACGUAUGGUUGCUUCAAGGGCCUGCGUAAUAACACCUUCAGUAUCAUCAUCUUAAGCCUUUGUAUCUCCUUGGUAUUUUCCCAUAUCUUUCUCCUUCUAAGCGGGGUAUCUGUCUUGAUCCCUGGUACAUGCAUUGCAGUGGCAAUUCUCGGACAUUACAUGUGGCUUGUCGUUUUCUCCCAUACAUCCGCCAUUGCCGUUGAUCUUCACAGGCGCUUCGGUGUAACCGUGAGUGUUGGUCAGGUAGAUGAGGGCGCUGCAGUUCUUUUGUACUUUCUUGUCUUCAGUUGGACGUGUCCUCUGCUCGUAGUGAUCCCUUGCCUGUGUCUCUUCUUCACUGGCUUCAAUGUCCCUAGUUUCAAUUUGUCCUAUGGUCAAAGGAAUUGUUGGAUUGGCGACGGUCUAGCGAAUCUGUAUGUGUUUGGGAUUCCAAUAGCAUUCUUACUUCUGAGCAAUCUUAUAAUUUUUGCAUCUAUCAUCGCAGGCAUCCGCAUGAAGACAGUCCCCACGGCACGCGGACAUUCAAAAAGGAAACUCGGUGACCUUUGGAUUUAUGUGAAGAUGUCUAGCAUCCUUGGUUUUACUUGGAUCUUUGGUUUUAUAGCUGCUUUCACUGACGUCACAGCUUUGUGGUACAUCUUCAUUAUCCUUAAUUCUCUUCAAGGCGUCUACAUCUUCAUAGCCUUUGUGUGUAACAAGCGUGUCUUCAAGCUUUGGCGCGACUCGUUUUCGUGCCUCACUUCGACUCCGAGAUUCCCGUCACUCUCGAAAAGUAAGAAGAAUGUCCCCAAGCCGUCUUCGCAAUCGACAACUAUAUCGGGUUCUGGAAGGAACGAUUAUUGCGAAACCACAUCCACAUUUUAAAGUCAUGUUUUUUAAUUCAAAGGCAAUUGUUUUUUAAGUAGAAUAUAUACGGUUAUCAUAUUAAUUCAAUUUAAUAAAAUAAAUCAUUUAAAGGACUUCCCAUUUUAUGAUAAAUAAGACAAUCCUGUACUGUUCCUGUAUACAUGUAUUUAAUAACAUUUUUGAUCUAAAAGCUGCUCUUUCUUGGGGUCCUGCAGUACUUACACAGGAUACAACCGAAUAUCAUUCAUAAUGCUUCACACUAAGAUCAUAAUGAAUAUGUGAAGGCAAAUACAAAAACAUCAAUAACUAAAUAGAAAACGCUUGGAUCUUGACGAUGAUGCAGUGUUUAUGCUACCUGUACACCACGCGUAUCUAUUAUAAAACAUUUCUUUCUUCUUGAAGUUUAAGCCAUCGAAAAUUAUUACAAUUAUGUCUUUCAUUCUUGCAAGUCAAUGUAACAUGUUGGAAAUAGCUUUUAUUCACGCCUGGUUGCGGCAUUUAUUUAACUUCGACAUCUUUGGGACUCAUUCUUUUUUAAGAGUAGUAAAACGUUUUCUUGAACGAACUGAUACGAGGGUUAAUAAUAAAAAAAAUGGAUACCCCUCAAUGUUUAUUCCUCUACAUGUUCAGAAUAUUUGUUUCGAUCGUCGAUUGAGUGCUAGUCGGGAUUUUCCUACGUAUGUUGAUCAGUUGAU